CCCUCCUGGUGCCAUCUGAUUGGCCUACGCCCGCCCCUACCCGGCCCUGACCCUGUUUCCACCGGCGGGGGUACCCGAUCUUACUCUCGCCUACCCGAAAAUGGCUGGGCUAUUCGACCAACAGACCACCAGCGGACCACGCUCACGAACACACGUCACCAACCCCCCGCACUCGAGUUCCGACGCUUCCGACGGCGGGCGGAGGUUUAGGCCUGUCCUCCAUCGGCCGUUUUGCUUGUAUGACGGAGAAUAA